AUGUCUGCCAUCACUGUAGGUCAUCGUCGGUCCUACGAUGGCCAGCGAUGCACCAUUCGCUUUGUGGGACCUCUCAAAGGCACCACCGGGGAAUGGCUAGGCGUUGAGUGGGACGACCCCACGAGAGGCAAGCAUUCGGGGGAGCAUAAAGGAGAGCAGCAAUUCACAUGCAAGAGCAACCACCCCACGGCGGGUUCAUUUGUGCGCCCGUCAAGGCCAUCGGAUUCACCUCGAGGCUUCCUGGACGCCUUGCGAGCCAAAUACGCAGCCAAGGAAGAUGAGGAGUCGACGCAAAAUUCAAACUCCCGAAAAGUUGGCAAGGCCAAUCAAGGCCCUAUCGAAAUCAGCGGCAAGGUUGUCGAAGAAGUUGGCUUCGAUAAGAUUGGCAGACAAUUUGCACAGUUGGAGCAACUACGCAUUGCUUUGCUUGACGGCUUGUGCGUGACAGGAAUACUGUCCUCUUAUGAGCAGCCAGAACCCGAAGCCCUUGAAGUGGCUCGGGAGAUCGCUUCAACAUGUCCAAAUAUCGAGCAGCUGGAUUUGAGUCGAAAUUUGCUCAGUAGCUGGCGACAUGUCUGGCACAUCUGCAGUCAGCUCAAGGGCUUGAAAAAGCUCAAGGUCAAUGGCGAUCGUUUCCAACCUUUAGAAGACGGACUGAUCUUUCAAGGCAUCACCGAGCUUCAUCUUGCUGACACGCUGAUGACCUGGGAUGAGAUCGUCGAGGUCAUAUCCCGAUUCCCAUCAUUGACAAAUCUAGUGGCAUCCGGGAAUCAAGUGAACAACAUAGCCGUCCCGGUGUCAGGCAUCCGGAUUACCACACUGAUUCUUGAGAACAAUGAAUUCGAGUCGCUUUCUGCAUUACGUCCACUAGCCGAGCUUCCAACGUUGCAACAUCUUUCUCUACGAGGGAACAAUAUCCACACCAUCAGUGCAGAUCCCGAGCAAGCAAAGCGCUCCUGGACGUUCCCUCCCUCAGUCACUUCCGUGGACCUGUCCCGCAACAAAAUAUCCUCAUGGGACUUUGUCAAUCAAGUUCCUCUUCUUUUUCCCGGUCUCACUACCCUCCGGAUGACCACGAACCCUCUUUACGAUCAAUCACCUCUGCCCCCAGCCAUCGCCGCCGCUACGUCCAGCAUGAGCGCGUCCCAGCCCAUGACACUAGACGAAGCAUUCAUGCUCACACUAGCUCGUUUCCCAGCUUCUCUCACAGUGCUCAACUACAGCACCAUCUCUGCACAAGAUCGCUCCAACGCCGAAAUGUACUACCUCUCCCUCAUUGGCAAGGAACUCUCCGCCACCUCCGAAUCAGAACAGCCCGCCAUCGUAGCCUCGCAUCCUCGCUACAAAGCACUCUGCGAGUUAUACGGAGAACCCGCUGUCACACGAACUAUCGAGGGGGAUGGCUCGGGAAGAAAAGUCCACCCUCGGUCUGUGGCCGCGCGCCUCGUCAAAUUGGCUUUUCGGCUCUCCGACUCACAAACCCAUGUGCAAGAGGUCCCUAAUUCAUUCGAUGCUUACCAGGUCAAAGCUAUUGUCUCGCGCCUGUUCGGCCUGACGCCAUUUUCUUUCAGGCUGAUUUGGGAGACGGACGAGUGGGACCCAAUCGAACAGAGGGUAGGCGAGGACGGCGAAGUCACUUGGGAUGAUGACAGUGACCUCGAUGAUAUACGACCUGAAGAUCCCGAGUCUUUGGCCAGGAGCAACCGUUUCACGAGACGGGAGAUCGAACUGACAGAAUCUACGCGUGAUAUUGGAUUCCUAUUCCAGGGCGAGACAGGUGAAAUGAAGAUUCGAGUGGACAUACCUUCCGCUUGA